AUGUUCAGGGCCCUGAUGGGCGGGGGCCGUUCCUCCGAUAGCCGCAGCACAACCUCCAGCUCCAAGAGCAGUAGCCGCCGCCGAACCAACUCCAAGGCUUCUUCGACAGUCAGCCGCAAGUCCUCACGGGGUGACGACCGUGAUCGUGGCUUGGGCGAUCUGUCGACCUACUCUUCCUCAGGCAGCCGCAGCAAGCGAUACGCUCCCAGCGCAGCGGGCGAUUCUGUCGCUUCGAGCUAUGCGACGGCGGAACCGGGCAUAUCGGUCGAGCACGAUCGAAUUAUUAUUGAACGGACACCCAAACGCAAAGAUACCGAUGAAGAAAGCGGUCGCGAUCGAUAUUCCGAUACUCGCGACAGGGAUGGGCGCAGUUCUCGCAGACGCGACCGGGACCGAUCGCAGAGUCGUGAGCGCGAACGGCCCCGGUCGGAAAGGAACGACCGGGCGCAAGUAGAAGAUGACAAUGUAGACUCUCGCGACCGCCGUCGGGAGCGGUCACGGACUCAGUCCGGCGAUACGUAUUUGCCGCCUGUUUCCACAUCAAUGCCCAUGCAGCCAAAUUCCCCCUUGGUCUAUGACCCUCAUGUCCAGCAGCAGUUCCCAGGUCAGUUCCCUGCUUAUGUUGCCGAGCCAUAUCGGCCUCCAAAUCCCGCCGGCGAAGCAGCGGAUUAUUAUGGCGAUCAGGGACAGUCUGUUGCGGAGCAGCCAGGUGUGCGUCCUAAACCUCCAUCUAUCAUUCCCAACAGCCAGGCGCAUCUCAUGACUGCAUCGCCUGUUGCCAAUCCACCACCGGAGCCGAGCAGCAUGGGCCAGGUGGGCGCAGCCGCUGCGUACUUUGGAGACGACGCAGAGCUCGCGGUGGAUCCAGCGCCAGGACGACCGGAUCGUCCAACUGCUGGAGCCACGUCCAAACCUCCCAAGCCGUCUAACGCUACAUUCGGCAUUUCGGGGAUGGCCGCUGGAGCUGCUGCCUAUGGAGCAGGAGGCAGCUUUCCCUUGCCGGCCGGCCCGACAUCACCUCCGGAACCUGUCCCAACGACUGCUCCAUAUGUCCAUCCUGUGACAUCCAGCACCACCAAACCGCCCCAUACCCAUAGUAUCGGAGCCUCGGUUGGAGCGGCGGCAGCGGGUGCUGCAGCAGGUUACAUGCUUGGCCACCACCAGCACCACUCUAUGUCGAGCACCGACCAUCUAUCCCAGUACACCAUGCAGAAUUACGACGAAUCUUCCCAGCAUGGGUUCGGAAACCCAGGCCCGACAAUCCACAAUGCACCGGCCAAUCCAGCGUGGUACGCUGCUGGAACAGGAGCAGCCCUGCCGUAUGCUGCAAGCCCUCUGCAUCCCCACCAUGCUGCUGUCCACCACGGGGCUCCCUUCUCCUCGGGAAGCUUGGCAUUUCAGCAGCGCCAACGUGGUCCGCUUGAUAAGUUCAUUGACUUUUGGCGUGAUCCUGAGGGGGUUGGUAUGUUUGAAGAGUAUACGGAAGCCAUAGGCGUCUGCAAAUACUGCUUCGAACCCGGCACUUCCUCGCGUGACGCUCCUCGUAAACAUCACUACCGCCCACGCCGUUCGUCCGGCGAGCGCUACAGCGGUGGGUCGCGGGUGGGAAAGGCAAGUCGCCAUACAUCCUCUGAGGACGAAGGUCGCCGGCGGAAGAAGUCAUCACGGAGUUCCUGGCUGCUGCCUGGACUCUUGGGAGGUAUUGGCGCCAAAGCGCUUUUCAAUAACAAAGAUUUUGAAGACACCUAUAGCGUCCGUUCCGGACGAGUAAGAACUGCCAACGACACUGAAAGUGUCUCAACAACACGGCGAAGCCAGACCUCGCGUGGCGUCUACAGGCGUCGGAGUCAGUCUCGAGACCGUGAGUCCCGCAGCAAUUACUCAGACUCGAAAAGUCGAUAUGAGGAUAAGCGACACCGUUCUCGGUCCCGAUCCCGUUCGUCCUCCCGAAAUGGCCGCCAUUCGGCGCUCAGGGAUGCAGCCGUAGGUGCUGCUGUGGGCUCAGGAGUUUUGGCUUUGGCCAAGUCUCGUGAUCGAAGCCGCAGUCGCAGCCGCAGUCGAUCCCCAAGAAAGUCAAAAGGGAGGAAGUCGUCAACCUCUGACUCUUCCUCUUUUGUUGAUAUCUCCCAACCUGCCCGGAAGUCCGUUGGCGGUGGCAUUGCCUCUUUCUUCACGGCUUCCUCUGAGAACCGUGGAAGGCGCCGAGUCAAGAAACGCAGGAGUAUCUUUUCGUUCAACAACUCAUCCUCUUCUUCGCUUGAUGCGGAUUUGGCAUUUGGUACCGGAUUCGCGCGAACACCCGCUCGCAAGUCGGACAAGAAGAGCAGUAAGAAGAAGGACCGUGGCGUAGAUGCAGCUCUGCUGGGAUUAGGCGCUGCGGCCACCGCAUUAGCUGCUACAUCUCACCGACGAAGUCGGCGGACGGGAGAGAUUCUCGCGGCGAAGGAGACGCGGUCGCGACACUCAGAUUACGCAUCAUCGGUCACUAACGAUGAGGGCUGGGAGGAUCUGGACUCAAGAGACCAGUCUUCCUCCAGUGUCAGUUCGGCGCUCGCGUUCGGUGAUACCGGUUUGUUCGGUAGCGAUGAAUCACUGUCGUCUGACUCUGGCACUUCGAAAUGGGGUUGGAGAUGGGGAAGCAAAAAGGAUAAAAAGAAGAGGAACAAGACUAGCUCCCCUCAGGACAAAUUCCCUACGGGUGCUGCUCUCGCUGCAGGUGCUCUAGGAACGGCUGCGCUGGCGUCCACUCAGGACAAAGACUCCAGACUACCCAGGCAGCCUGCGUCAAGCAGCCCCGGAAGCUUGCAGCAUGUGGCCCCCGUGCCAACUAGCGAUCCCACCCUCGUGGAUGCGGUCAGGGUGGCGUCUCUGCCACCUGCUGAACCCGCAUUCGUUCGACCUGGUCCCAUUCCACUGCAGCAACCGCAACCCAUGACGCCAGUCUCGCAGGCGGUUUAUGCUACCCAGGGCGAAUCGAUUCCAGCCUGCGCUGCUCCGGUGAUCCCACCUGCCUUCCCCCCGACCUCCUACAUCCCCUACAGACCUGAACAAAUUCAGAAUGUAGCUCUAGGCUUCAAUCGGCCACACCACAGAAGCGACUCUUCCCCUGUGUUCCAUACAGAGCCUCUGGAAGGUGUGCCAGCAACCGGACUGAAGCGUCGCUCGACCGUCAAAGACCAGGGCUCGGUUCAGUUUGAUCUGACCAAGGAGCAAGCUGAUAAGGAGCGACGUGCGGAUCGCCUUGAGGAGUUGAAGCGCGAAGCGGAGCGGGCCAGCGGCGUGCAACUUAUUGAUAGAGAAUACGAGCCGAACGUCUGGGAUGAUGACCGUCGUUCAGGACGCUACGAAGACCGUGGAUACGAUGACCGCAGACAAGAAGAGCCUAGAGAGGAUCGCUACGUCAAGGAUUCUGAAAAAGACAAAGAUUCAUUCUCGCGGGUCGGUGCUGUCGCCGCGGGUGCAAUAGGCGCCGCAGCUGCAGCUACCGUGCUAUCUGGAAGAAGUUCUGUGGACGAAUCCUCCGAAACCAGCCAGCGACGUCACGAGGAACGUCGACAGCAGCGCCGAGCGGAGCGUCGUCGUGGAUCCGAGCCGGAGUCAACAAUGUCCACCCGUAGUAGAUCUGAGCCUGCUCAGGAAAUGAACGAUCAUCCGCCCGAGGAACGUCAGCCGGAGCCUAACAAGCCGCCGAGUCCCAGUCGUAGUCCCCAUAAAUACGACGAUUACGCCGAGUUCUUCGCUCCUGAAGAGUUGCGGCAUAGCCCGGACACCUACAAGCGGCGCGCGCCUGCCUCGAUGCCUACUAUCAUUGAGAUCGAACCUGCAAGCGAAAGAGAAUCUCGAGAAGCGCUGCAGCCAGCAGAGGAGUCGCAUUACGGAUACCGACAUCUUCCAUGGUCGGUGCCUGUUCUCAAACUUACCGAGCCCACUCCUCCUCAAAGUCUGAGCGGAUCCGUCAGAGAUGCUGCUUCACCCGUGGGUAAUCCUCGGGAUUUGCCUCCUCUCGAAGAAGAGGAAGAUGUGAAGCCUGCUGCACGACAAGCGACCGGUUCCCGUGUCUCCUGGGGAGAGCAUGAAACGCAUGAGUACGAAGUUCCGUCCACGUCCUCCGAACUUGAAUCAGUGGACCAUGAAACCACAAGAGAGCGACAGUACCCUCAUUCGCCGGAUCUCCAGCAACGGGACGUAUCCCCCAAAAACGUCACGGAUGAUGUCGGUGCGGACAUUGAAUUUGCGGCUGCCUUGGCUGCUGCCACUGCAGCAGCAGGCUUUGAUCCUGCCCUCGUGACGGAGGAUCCCGCAUAUCAUACCCGGUCUUCGCCUCCUGGCUCUCACGGCGGGGUCGAAUACAGGCAUCCAUGGGUUGAGACCGAGUUAGGGUCUCGGAUCCCGCAUGGUUUUGUCGAAGGCGAGGUUCAGACCCCUGAAGAUGAAAAGGCCCAACCCGAUGGAGUCGUCGAAGAGCAGCCACUGUACACUGAACCCGAGCCUGUUUCACGGGAAGCUAACAAUCAGGACCCGCUUGAGCCUCAGACUCGAACUUCGAUCGCUCAGGAGGUAAUUGACCGGCUCACUGAGAAGCAAGAUGAGCGAGCCGGCCCACGUAAAGCUCUAUCCGAGACAGAAAAUAGCCCAAAAUCUAGCAAGGAACGCGAUGAAUCCGAGCUUCCUGCUCGAGACUCGUUUUCCAUGCCCGGAGGAUUCGAAACGGAAGAGUCACGCUCGGAAUCAAAGCGUGAUGUGGACUCGCGUGAUGACGGUGAAUUAGACCGCCGGUCCGUUGCUUCUGCCCCUGUAUCUGGUGAAUACGAUUCCUCAACAAGACCAAGAAAAUCCACACAAGACAGCGGUUACUUUGAUGAUGGUGAAGAUGCCGCAUCUGCGUCAGUUGAACAGGAUGGCAGCGAGGGGAAGAAAAAGCGACGGAAGAGGCGGUCCAAGCGUGACAGUGACACCUUUACUGACUCUGCCUCUGUAACAUCCUCGCCCGCCAGAAUUGGGCAGUCCAGCGAGAAACGCAAGAGCUUGGAUGACAAGGAUAAAGAGAAGAAAGCGGGAGGGUUCUUCAGCAGUAUCUUUGGCUCGAGAGUUUCAGAGCCGGUAGACAGCAAGACGUCAUCCUCUGCAGAUAGGCCUUCAUCACGUGACGUUCAGUCCGAGGUAGGACGUCGAGAGUACGAGGAGUCUCGCCGCCGGAGGAAGGAGGAUAGGUCCUCCCGGCGGGAUGAGGAGAGUGGUUCUGACAAGGAGAACAGUAAGGCUAGAGACAAGGAUGGUAUUGACAUUGAGAACUACAAGUCUAGCAGGCAACGGAGGGAAGAGAGACGGCGACGAAGAUACGAGGAUAUUGUGGAGUCGGGGAAACCGGGGGAGUAUGAGAAGGAUCGCAAAAUAUCGGAAGACAACGACGAGAACCUGUCUUUUUUAGCAGAAGGCCCCGAAAUGCCAGUCCAGAUAGGCGACGGCGAUAGAGAGAGUGGUGCUUCGGGGCGCGUUCGUUUGGCAGAAGGAGCCGUCACAGGAUUGGGUAUAGGCGUACUGGAACAGCGGCCAAGAGGGCGCUCGACACCUCCUGAAGCUUCGGAGAGGAUCAUGCAUCCAGCCCCCAGGUCCCGAAGUCGGCCUGCCUCGCCCGAGCGGAAUUGGCAAGAGGGAGACAAUCAGAGCCAGUCGUCACGACGGUCAUCCAUAUUGCGGUCGAAGGAUUCUCCUACUGCGGUGCCGUUGCACUUCCGUCGCCCCCCAGUCUCGCCUGGGACAAACCGUUCGGUUUCCGUCGGCGCCCCUACUGCACCGUCUCCUGGGUCUCCAACAGCCCCUAAACGCCGACCAAACUCUACAGAGUUCAAGAAUUCGCGCGAGAUUCGGCCCUUAUGGUUGGUAGAGCGUCACGGUCCUGGACACGGGGAGCAUGAGCCCGAGGAACCGUUACCAUCGCUGCCGUCAAGCAAGACUUCAUCCGCGAAUACCUCCGUGGAAGACCUUACUGCGCUUCAGGACGAGAGAAGCUGGGAGGCGGUUGAUCUGAGCCAUCAUGUCCACGGCACUCGGCGACCAAGCGGCAUCGACAUGUCUCAGAGCAGAGGGUUCGAGCAUGAUGCCCUAGGUUCGCAGCAGGCAACACCUACGGCGGCAACUUUCGAGCGGAUACACCCACAUCCUCCUUCACGGAAAGAGAAACUGAAAUAUGAGUUCCACUCUCCCUCGGAGCUCCUUCAGGAUACGAGCCCGUACGAAGACGUACAGCCCUUUGACAUGGGAGAUCUCCCGUCCGCGGAGGGCUCGGCCGUUGGUGUCAAGGAUGCAAGUGCUGAGAAUGAAGACAAUGUAGAACUUGCAGCUGAGGCCUUGCCCCCUCGGCCGUCUACUCCGCAAAAUAAUGUCACCGCGGCCUCCGAAGACACGGAGACCACCCCCACUCAAACUAGGAUCGUGAACACUUUCGAAGGCCCUGAAUUCGCUGGGGUGGUGGAUGCUGCUGUUGCAGCAGCUGUGAGCGGUCAUCUCAGCAUGCAGCCGGAUGUUGCAGUUUGCGACAAAGAAGGUCCGGUGGAUCUUCCUCGUGAUAUGGACAGAACUGAUAAGUCAAAUGCCGACCAUGAAACCGCAGCAACCUUCUUCCCCGCCCCCGGCGCACCUCUGGACUUUGCAGCCGUUGUCGAUGCUGCGGUUGCUGCAGCCACCAGCUCUACUGGCGAGAAGCCCGAAGCUGCUAGAGAAAUUGAGCAACCGCAAGCCACAGAAGAGUCAAAGGACGAAAUAGUGAAUGCAGUUAGCGAACAGCAGGGGCCCGUGGAACCGCACCUGCAGCAGUCGCCUGAGAUAUCAGAGCCCAUACCCCAAACCCCACACCCGGACGAGCAAGAGACAUCGCAUCCGACCGGGGACGACAGCAGUGUCCCGCGAGAUGACAAGAGAAGGGAUUCGGUGGAUACAGUGGUUCCCCUAGCGGAAGGAGCAUCCGAAGAAAAGGAGAAGCUGGACGCCAGUGCGGUCAUCCCAGACCUAGCCGGGGAAAACAAGGAGCUUCUGUCCGAGCCAACAAAUGAGAACGCGAACGACAACAAUCAGGCUCAAACGGAGGAGCCACCGGUCGAUACUGACGAGCCAUCUUCGUCUUCUGCCAAGAAAAAGAAGAAGAAGAAGAAUAAGAAGAAACGUCAGAGUAUGGACUCAAGCACUCAGGAGCCAACUACGCCUGUGGAUGACACGACUGUCGAUCAGAAGGAGGUGGGGUUCUCUACUGUUGAAGAUGCACGGACUGAUGCCGUCGAGUCUUCCGAGCCUGCACCAAAGGAGCAAGUUCUUGCUGAACAGCCUGCCAGUGCUGAACCUACGGCUGCACCCGAGCAGGAGCCGACAGAGGCUACAGUUAAUAUAGAAAAGGCCACGGAAGCACUGGACGCCAGCAAGGCACUUGAAGAGGAACCGACACCUGCUGCGCUCGAGGAUACGCCUGCUGAGUCAACCGCUGAAACACCAGCUGAGGAUCCAGCCGAGACAUCAUCUUCUAAGAAGUCUAAAAAGAAGAAAAAGAAGAAGAACAAGGGCUCUGCUCCUGAGGAGAACACGCAGGCCCCCGCUUCUACAGAGACACCGGAAGCAUCAGCUGCAACUUCACAGGUCAUCGCAGAGCAGGUAGAACCUACCGUGGAAACUACACAGCCUGUGGAGGGAGAACCGAACCCUACCGAGGAGAGUCCCAUUGCUGUGGCCGAGAAUACUGUCGAGCCCGAACCGGUACCCAAGGAAAUGGAAGCUACUGAAGACCCUACCCAUGUUACACUUCAAAAUGUUCCAGUACCGGAAGGUUUCCAAGACUCCUCGGUAGAGACUGAUAAUAAGGCUAAAGAGUUGCCGCACUCCGGAGAAGAGUUCCAAGCUGAGCCUACCCGCGCUCAAGAGCUGCCAGAGAAUACCGAGCUCACCCACAAAACUGACGACUUGAGUUCUGGCAUAGAUCCUUCGGGACUAGCAGAAAGUGACUUGGUGAAUGAGACGGCCUCUCCUGAGGUCUGGCAUGACGCUUUGGCUUCCUCUUCCGAGGACAAGAGCGCCGAACCCCAGCAAGCCGAUCUUAAAUCUAAUGAGCCACAGAACGAGGAGAAGGCACCAGAGUCCGAGAUACAGCCAGUUGACAAAGGACAGGCCGAGAUCCCAGAAAAGCCGGCCGAGGUGAAUACUCCUGCUGUCACCCAAGUCCUUCCCGAGGAACAGCAGGAGCAUGUGAAGGAGCCCUCUACCCCCGUGUUUGAUUCUCCUUCUACGGAUUGGGUGGAAACAGCAGAAUCUAGCGUUCAGAUCGAAGAGCCCACUGUCACUACCACGGAAUCGGAAACUCCGUUGUCACGCAAAAACAGCAAGAAGAACAAGAAGAAGAACAAGCGGAAGAACACUGCAGAGACAGCGGCUCAGAGCGAGGCUGUUGAUACUGCAGAGCCUAUUUCUUCAGUUGAAGGCGUUCCUGAACCUGGGUCUGAGGCUGCAACCACUGGGUCCACUGCUGUGGAGGAACCUCAAGUAACGUUGCCGGAUGAGGCUGUCAAGGAAAAUAAGAAAGAAGCUACGGACGUUCAAGAUAUCAAAGAGGAACCCUUACCCAAAAGCAUGACCGGAAUAGCAAACGAUUCCCAGCCAAGUACAGUUGAAGAAAUCCAUCAGACAGGAGCGGAACAGUCCGCGCCAGACAUGGUAGCUGAGAUCGUGAGCGAAUCCCAGCCCGCUGCACCUCAAGACAUCCUGGAGACAGUACCGGAAGAGCCCAUUGACGAGCAGCCAAAAAAGAAGGGCAAGAAAAAGAAGAAUCGCAAAUCAGUCAAUGUUUCCGACUCCCAGCCCCAGUCAGAGUCAGAAGCCAAGAUUGAAGAGCUCCGAUCAGUUGAUACUGCGGAGACCCCGCAGCGUCAAAUAAGCGGUGAGGUAGCGGGCGACAGUCAGGUACCGCCAGAGUCGGGUGUCUCAGAAGAACCUGCAGGGAUUGAAGACGUUAUGCCCAUUCCUGCAGCGGAGGCAGGUGAACUGAACUUACCUGUGGAGAAAGACGAGACCAAUGACGGAGAACCACAUGUGUCCGAGCCCAGCGAGCAACCAAAUAAUGAGACUGUGCCUGGCCCUGAACCGGAGUCCGAACCUGUGCCUGAAGCGGGGGAGAUUAUACCGUCUGGCAAAAAGAGCAAGAAGAACAAGAGGCAGAGCCUGUCUUUUGCACCUGAUGAAACGCCAGCCUCCGAGCCGUCAACUCCCGCAGACGCUGCAGACGGGAACGCGGAUUUGCGUGUCGCACCCGAAGAUUCCUCCCUGAAAACUGAUCAAGAGUCAAUGCGAGAGGAGCCAGCUGGAAGCCAGCCGACCGUUGACUCAGUUACUGAAACACCCGAUCUAAGUAUGGCGGAGGAAGCUGUCCCUAUGACCGCCGCGCAGAAGAAGAAGGCGAAGAAAGAAAAGAAGAAGAAACGCCAAUCUGCUUUAUUGGAUCAGACACCUGCAUCUGAGUCGAUUGAAGGAGCUGAUGCCAAGGAUGUUACUUCUGAAGGUGCUCAGAUGCCCCCGGAAGUGCCGUCUGAACAGCAAUCAUACGAGCCUACUUUGGAUGCCAUUGAGCACGCGGAAGCGACAGCUGGGCACUCGCAAGAACAACCCAAGGAGGAUGUGGCUUUGCACGCGGACCGCAGCCCCAACUCUGAUGGAGAGUACGUGCUGGUACCAGAACACGUGACCCCCAGAUCCAAUGAUGAAAGCACACCCCAAGCUGCUUCCACGGUGUUCGAUGUCGCACAAGUGAAUAUUGAAUUGGAGAAACAGCCAUUGACCCAGGAAGGCGUGUUGGAUACAAACGAGGCCACUCCCGCUGAAACACCAUCUGCUGCUGAUCAACCUGUCCAAGAAGAAUCCAGCCCUACGCCAGCAAUGGAGGGUGGUGCUGCCAUCGACGAACUAAAGGCCGCAGAAAAGGACAUCCCUGAAGAUGCUCCAGACAAGACAAUCGAGCACAAUGAUACUCCCGACGAUAGCUUGACGGCAAAAGGAGCUCAAACCGAAGUAGUCGGUACAGAGACUAGUCAAGAGACUAGUCAAGAGACUGACGAAGGUGGUGCAGUUCCGGACGGCGAAGCUGGCUCUGAAGGCUUGAUUCAGGAUGACCAGCCUUCCGCUUCCUCGAAAAAAAAGGACAAAAAGAAAAAGAAGAAGCGCCAGUCGCUUGCCCUAGACGAUGAGCAGAGUCCCUCUACCAAGGAAGAACUAACUGCUGAACCUUCGCCCGACCGUGUUCCAGAGCCUUCGGCUGUUGAUGAAUCGGCGCCUAUUCCUUCCUCUCCUGAAGAGCAGAAGCCUGAGACGGAUUCCACUGAAAUCGUUACAGAGACAGCCGCUGAGCCAGCAUCACAUUCCGCUCCAGAAGAACCAGAGAACAUUGCAAAAGCUGCUUCUAAUGAAGCUACGCAAGAGCCCGCUGCAGAUGAAACCCAGACCGCGGAGUCUACAGAGGAAGCUCAAACAGCAAAGUCCAAGAAGAAGGCAAAGAAAGACAAAAAGAAACGAAAGUCUGUCUCCUUCGAGAUUGAAGAGCCGUCGACUCAGCCGAGCGAGCCUGAGCACCCUGGAGAAACAGUGACCCCGCAUGAGGAUCCGAAACUCGAGGACGAACCUACCGCACAGAAAGCUCCCACCGAGGAGCUUCAGCCCGCAGAAACAGUCUCUGAGAACCUGACUCGCAGUGGACUAGAUAUUGUUACUCAACCUGAGCAACCGGAGCCAACCGUCGAGGCUACAGAAGCUACAGAGCAACACAAGCAGAUGACAGAGCCUUCUUCAGGUUCAAUCACAGAGGAACAGGUUGUCGUGGAAGAAACUGCAGCUCCACCGUUUGUUGAUGAGGCAUCCCCAUUACAAGGACAGACAGUCUCGUCGGAGUCCCUCUUGUCUCAAACUCAGGAGGACGGUGUCAAGAGUGUCCAGGACGCUGAGUCCUUGGACGAGAAGAAAGAGGAGCUCGCUUUCCAGCCUUCGCUAGAAGACAGCGAGAGCAUCAAGCCAGAGACCUCGCCGGAACAAGCAGAGUCCGAGUCGCAAACGCCCAUUGACGUUGGUGAGCAAGGAGCCGGCCCUUCUAAGUCAAAGAAAAACAAGAAGAAGAAAAAGAGGAAUACUCUGGAGUCAACCGAAGAAGUGCCAGUGACACCGCCUGAGCCUUCGAACGUUGAACCGCUCGAAUCGACACCGGUCCUUGAAACGGACAAGGGCCUCGAAUUUGCCGAGCCUGACACCACAGUGUCUGAAACUGUGCACGAAGAGAAGAAACCGGAAGAGGAGCCCAGCGGGUUUAUGUCGGCAAAAGCAAAGAAAAAGGCGAAAAAAGACAAGAAGCGCCAGUCCAAGAUCCUUGAUAGCGCAAACGACGACGCCAGCACCGCCGAAACCGCCCCAGAUAUCUCGGAACAUGCGCCCUUGGACACGCCAAGUGGCGAAGCGGAUGGCCCAGCUGCGAAGUUCUCACAAGAAACGAGUGAAGCCGUCUCUACCGAAGCGAAGUCCUCGGAGCCAUCGCCUGAGACGGCACUCGCGCCUGCUGAAGAUGACGGUAAAGAAAAUCAGUCCCACGACACCGAACCACACGGCGGCAACGAUAAAGUUCUGACUUGGACUGAUCACAUGGUAUCUUCGCAGGUAGAGCAACAACAAGUAACGCCUCCCGAUCGUCCGUUCCAACCCGCGCAUGAAACCGAGCCAACUUCCAUCGGCGAAGCAGCAAGAUCAAUUGAUGCUGAACAACUUGAAAACAACGCAUACGAUGCUUUGCCGGCCGUUGACGAUGGGUUAGAGCGAUCUGGUGAAGAAGGUACGAGAGUCAAGAACGAGCUUGUGUCCGAAGAACCCGAGAUGGGUCUACUUGAGAUUUCACGAGAAGAGAAGGAAGAUAUAUCGAGCCAAGGAGAAGAUACCAAUCAGGUCAGAAGCGACGCACAAGUGGAGGAGUCGGCGAAAGCAGCCGUUGAAGGAACACCUGAAGAUUCCAUUAGUCAGGAACACGCUUCAGAAUCCGUGCCAAAUGGCGGAGAUGCCACGACUAAGGAUCAGUCCACUGAUAUCGAGGUUACCGAUCCUUCAAAAUCAGAGGAUAUCCUUGAGCCGGAGAAGGAAGAGCUGCCGUUAUCAACCGCAGGAAAGAAAAAGAAGAAAGACAAGAAAAAAAAGAAGGAGCAACAGGAGACAAAGACCGAUGAGACGUUGCAGGAGCCCUUGGUGGAUGCUGCACAAGAAAAAUCGCCAACAAGCCAUGCGCCGACUGAUACCGCUGUACCUGUUGCCGAGUCUCAAGCAGAACCCGUUACCGAGCCAUCGCAUGAGCUUUCCGAGCCACAGAAAGCAGCUGAGAUCGCAGCUGAGGACAAAGACGUGGAGGAGACCCUAGAGGUGCAACAAGACGUAGCGCCUGCGGAGGACGGCUUUGAGGAAGCACCGGCUGUUUCACGGAAGAAGAGCAAGAAGGACAAAAAGAGAGAGCGCCUUGCUCUAAAGGCUGCUGUUGAGUCACACGAGAGUGAAUCGAAGCCGGAACAGCUGGCGACUGGAGAGCACCUCCUUGCAGUUUCUGAUGCUCAGCCAACCGAGCUCGCGACUCCUGUAUCCACCCAAGCUCUGGAAAUAUCUACCGGGACCACGGAAGACGCUGGCGAAGGGGAACUGCAUUCGAGCGCGGUUCAAUUCACGGUUCCGGUGGAAGACACUUUAAAGGCCAAAGAAACGUCUGAAGGCCAGACAGUUGAAAGCCUCCAAUCACUAGAGGCUCCCGACCAGGCGUUCGAGCGGGAAAUUCUGCUGAAUGAGGAUGUGGCAACGGCUCCAGAGGAACUACCUGCUGUGGAGAAGUCAGCGGGUGAUGAGACAGCUACGGAACCAAUAAUCGAAGAAGCAGCCGUGAGUCGUAAGAGCUCCAAGAAAAAGGCGAAGAAGGCAAAGAAGCAAGCUCAAGAACAGCAAGAAGAGAACACAAUUCCCGCCCCUGCUGAGCUUGGAGAAGACAGCAUUGUGGAGACUACGCCCACCAUACCAAGCAAGCCCGACCUAGCGGAGAAUUCUGGUGAUGUCCUUGAGGCGAACGUUUCAGAAGAGCAGGGGACGCAACUUGAAAAGUCUGAGCAGUUGGUUCCAUCGGACGCCGCUCGACCCCAAGAGACUCUUGAGCAGACUCCGAAUAUGAACAAUCAAACCGAGGAUGUGCUAUUGAUGGAGCAGGAAAAAGAGGGCAAUUUUCAGGCUGAACCAAGCCAAGGCCUUGAGAUUCGAGACGACGAAGUUGUCGAGGAUUCCGUCGAGAGUCAGCCUGAACCUAUAGCAGCUGUUGCGAGAAAAUUAUCCAAGAAAGAGAAAAGAAAAGCCAAGAAGAAAUCUGCCAAGGACGCCAUCGAGCCCCCAGACGAGCCGGAGCUGCAAAAUCCAACAGAAUCUAUCGGGGAAUCCGUUUCCACCGCGGACAAAGCCAAGAUAGACCAAGAUCCGUUUCUGACAGUUGCCUCCGACAAGCAAAUAGUCGAGGAGGUUCCACGCUUACCUGAGGUCGAGCCUGGAGCUCCGGAGGUGCACCAAGGUGCAGCUGAAGAGGAUGACUGGCCUGCAAUAGACUGGGAGAAAGGUAAAGUCGAAAUCAAAGAACAGACGCCACUGCCAUCACCUGAGGCUCAUGCAGUUCCUUUUGAGCCAGCCAUUGCAGAAUUCGACGAGACUGCCAUCCCAGAGGGAUUGCUUAGACGACAAAGUCUAUCGCGUGAAGAGCAACUACUGGGAGGCAACGACGGGAGCUCACAGCACACAGGAGUCGAUGAAACCAAAAGUUCUCCGCAAGAAGGUGGGUUGAUGAUAGACCCUUCUGCCGUGGCCGAGACGGGGCAAUCUGCCGGACCGAAAGCAGAAUCUGUAAGUUCGCAAGUGUCCCCUAAGUCAAUUCACGAAGACGCUGGGCAGCAUCCCGAGAAUGAAUUGGCACGGGAUCAGGCAAAGAGCGCGACGGAAGUGGUGCCGUCUAAGCAGAGCAAAGUUGCGAGCGUCUUCCCAGAUCUUGAGCGCGGAUCCUUUCGACGACCUGUUCCGGGCCAAGUAUUGAUGCCGGUAAAAGAUAGGGCUGAGGAUGAGACUAUUGACGAAAAUGCGGAUGAGAACAGCGCAAUCAAGGUCUCGGAGGCGCCUAUCCCGGCCGGCGAGCCGGAAGAGAGCCAUUUACAGGGCCAGCAGGAUGAGAAGAACCUGGAGCCCACGACUACGGUUUCUACACGAGAUCUAUAUCUAGAAGAACAUACGAAGAUGCACGACACAAACAGCACCCCAGUUAACCUUGCCUUCGACGUUGAGGUUGACCCCUCGUACAAUGUUUCUGUGAUAUCUGACGGUCUGGGGCACGAAACCAAAUCUAUUGAGAUCGAAUGGAACGACGAUGGCGAUAAACGGACCCAAGAAGUCGAAACACCAUUGUACGCACCAUUACCUGUGCAUGAACAGAAGUCGUCCCUUGUCAGCCAAACGUCUCCUGUUGACAUGGACCGGAACGAGCGGAUUCCGAGAAACGAUUCUUCCUGUGGGCUUCGUCGCAGCCCGUCAAUUCAUGGGCGACAUAAUCACCCACCGCGAACAUGGUCGCUGGAGGAUACACCAAUCAUCAAGGCAGUGACACCACCUCUAUUUGGGGGACCAGCAGGGCCCACUGUGGACAUGAGCUCACCUCCACGUACUCCAUUACAGCCCAUCGCGGAACAAGAGCCAGAGGUUCGAGUGGAGCAAGCGAGCGGAUUCAGAUCCAUGGUUUCCGAACACGGGACGCCCCGUCUGGAAAUGAAGCCCGAACAUGUCCUUCCACGUCCCGAAACUCCGAUCAGGAAGUUUACAGAUAAUGCAUUGGCACGUCAGACAUGGCCUGUGGCGGACAACGACAUGUUCAAAAGCUCAGAAGACGAGGAUGCGGCUCUUGUUGUCAAGAAACGACGGUCAGGUAACGAAUGGCCUGCAGAAGUACUAAAAACUCCCGAUCAAGGAAUGCCCAUCCUUAGGCCCAGCAGCGUGAGCAGCAUCAAAAGCCUGCAGAGCAAUCACAGUGUGACUGGCGGGCAGAGAUCGCUACGACGCACCAGUCGCAACACCAGCGGGGAUUUGCGGGCUACUAGCCAGGCACAGGAAAGCCACAGUCCCCAGCCACACGCUACGCCCCAGCCUCCUCAGCCCCCACCCUCCGAUCUCAACAUCGAGCGCAUCGCUUCGUCUUCCUCCUACGACCCCGUCACGGACAAGGGCAAGCGCCCCAUACGAGCCAUGACGGACGUCUAUGAGGGAUGGGGGGAGACGCCCAGCUCGCCUCGGUCGCCGAGCCGACCGCCCAGUAUCCGUCAUCGUCGAAGUAUGCAACACCUCCAAGAACUUGAAGCUCGUCUCGAUCAACUCAUCUCGGAAAAUCGACUCCUCAUUGCCGCUCGUGAAGCCGCCGAGGAUAAACUUCGAAAUGCUAGUGUCGCCCGGCGGAAGAGCGACCAUACACUCAACGAGCGCAGUGCCGACCUACGUGACAGAGAAGCCGAGGUGGAAAACCUCAAGAAUUCCGUGGAAUGGCUUCAAAAGGAAGUGACCCGCCUAACAGAAGAAAACGAAGGGCUUGCUACGACUAACUCCAACCUGACCGCCGCCCAUGCCAAGGAAAUUGAGUCGGUGCGCGAAUCGUCAUCUCGCCAAUUGGACGACCUGCGCUCAAGAUAUGAGCAGCUCUCUAUGGAAGUGCAGAACACAGUGCGGCACGAAAUUGAGACUGCGCUGGCGCGAAAGGAUAAUGAAUUGCGACGGCUGAGGGAAGAGCUUGAGACCGCUCGGGAUAAGGUGUCGCAGUUACAACAACAAAUUGCCGCAUCCUUGCAUGAUAAUGUUCUCGUCUUCCGCGAUGAGGAUUUCUUUGAUGCUGCAUGCCAAAAACUGUGUGGACAUGUGCAGCAAUGGGUUUUGCGGUUCUCCAAAAACUCCGACCAUCGACGCUGCCGCAAACUCGCUGAGAUACAGGAUGAGAAAAUUGCGGACCGCUUCGACAAUGCCAUCCUGGACGGCUACGAUACGGAUACUUACCUCGCCGACCGUGUUCGUCGCCGCGAUGUCUUCAUGUCCGUGGUGAUGAGUAUGGUGUGGGAGUUUGUUUUCACACGGUAUUUGUUUGGCAUGGAUCGUGAGCAACGCCAAAAACUCAAGUCCCUGGAAAAGCAACUGAGCGAGGUUGGUCCACGGAGCGCUGUCCAUCGUUGGCGUGCAAUUACCCUUACUCUCCUGUCGAAGCGACCAGCAUUUGCUCGUCAGCGUGAAAGCGACACGGAAGCGGUUGCAUUGGAAAUCUUUGAGACUCUGUCGCGUCUCCUCCCACCUCCAAGCCAUGUCGAAGCGCAGCUCUUGGAGUCUCUACGCAAGGUUCUCCGGGUUGCAGUCAACCUAUCAAUUGAGAUGCGCACGCAGCUGGCCGAAUACAUUAUGCUGCCGCCACUCCAACCUGAAUACGACACAAAUGGAGACCUAGCACGGCAGGUCUAUUUCAACGCCUCGUUGAUGAACGAACGCAGCGGGGAGACAACCUCGAAUGAGGAGCUGGAGUCACAACAAGCAGUCGUCCGGGUCGUCUUGUUCCCGCUCGUGGUAAAGAAGGGCAACGACACAGGCGAGGGUGAAGAUGAAGUAGUUGUCUGCCCUGCUCAGGUGCUUGUCGCUCGACCCGACAAAGAUCCAAGAGCCAGCAAAGUCUUCAGCAGCGAUCGCAUGUCACUGGACGGAACCAAGUCUGUUCACAGCGUCGCUCCAUCAUCGACCAUGGAUAUUAGCAACGUGAUCUGA